CCGCCCCCCACCUUAAAACUAUUCUUUUAUUAUUAUUUUUUUUUUCUUUUUUCUUUCUUUUAUUAAAUUCCCAUAUUUUUACAACAAUGUUUGGAAAUAGAUUACAAAAAACAGUUGUUCAACAACAUGGUUUAUUACAUCGUCAAUUCGCUAUGGCUUUGAAAAGAACAUGGAAACCUGCAAGUAUAUAUUCAUUCUCUACUUCUACCAUGACUCAUCAAGCUGCUGUGGCUACUGAAACUAUCACACCUAGUUCUGAUUCACUUGGCUUCGAAUCUCAAUCAGUACAAAUUGCAGGACGACCUAUUUACUUGGAUAUGCAAGCAACAAGUCCCAUGGACCCUCGAGUAUUGGAUGCCAUGUUACCUUAUAUGACUGAAAUCUAUGGAAAUCCUCAUUCAAGAACUCAUCCUUAUGGUUGGGAAAGUGAAAAGGCUGUGGAUAAGGCUCGUGAAUAUGUUGCUAAGCUUAUUGGUGCUGAUCCUAAGGAAAUCAUCUUUACUUCUGGUGCUACUGAAUCAAAUAACUUGAGUAUCAAAGGCGUUGCUCGUUUUUACAAGAACAAGAAAAAGCAUAUUAUUACAACUCAAACUGAACAUAAAUGUGUUUUGGAUUCAUGUCGUGUACUUCAAGAAGAAGGAUUCGAAGUGACUUAUUUACCCGUACAAAACAAUGGUCUUGUGGAUUUGAAGGUAUUGGAAGCAGCCAUCCGACCCGAUACAGCAAUUGUUUCCAUCAUGGCUGUUAACAACGAAAUUGGUGUGAUCCAACCUAUCGAAGAAAUUGGAAAGUUAUGUCGUAGUAAAAAGGUAUUCUUCCAUACAGAUGCUGCUCAAGCUGUAGGCAAAAUUCCUUUAGAUGUCAAUGCAAUGAAUGUGGAUUUAAUGUCUAUCUCUGGUCACAAAUUGUAUGGUCCUAAAGGUAUUGGUGCUAUUUAUGUUCGUCGCCGUCCUCGUGUUCGUUUGGAAGCUGUUCAAUCCGGUGGUGGUCAAGAACGUGGUAUUCGUAGUGGUACUGUCCCUACUCCUAUUGUUGUUGGAUUUGGUGAAGCCUGUAGAGUUGCUGCUGAAGAAAUGGAGUAUGAUCAUGAACGUAUCAAACGAUUGGCCAACCGGUUGGUUGAUGGUAUUACCUCCCACGUUGAAGAAGUGACACGAAAUGGUGAUGCCGAAUCUAGCUAUCCUGGUUGUGUAAACUUAUCUUUUGCAUAUGUGGAAGGUGAAUCUUUAUUGAUGGCUUUGAAGGAUAUUGCAUUAUCAUCAGGUUCGGCUUGUACUUCUGCUUCUCUGGAACCCUCCUAUGUGUUACGUGCCUUGGGUGCCGAUGAUGAAAUGGCUCACAGUUCUAUUCGUUUCGGAAUUGGUCGUUUCACCACUGAAGAAGAAAUCGAUUUCGUGGUUCAAAAAGUACGACAACAUGUACACAAAUUACGUGAAAUGUCUCCUCUUUGGGAAAUGUAUCAAGAAGGAAUUGAUAUCAAGAGUAUCCAAUGGUCUCAACAUUAAUCAUAGUAUUUCCCCUCCUCAUCAUUCACUCAGUUUAGUAUUUUAGUCUUUCUUUUAUAUAUAUAUAUAUAUAUAUAUAUAUA